CGAACGGUCUGAAGUUUCACCGCGUACUCGUAGGAUGCGAUCAUUCCGUACGACGCGCCUCGCUCCGCUCCGCCCCAGCGGAAGGCGGGGCGCAGGAAGCGGCGCCUCCGGAAGCCGGGAGCGGAGGGCGGGAGGCGGCGCGGCGGGGCGCCCGGCGGAGGUACCGGGCGGGUGGCGAGCCGCCGCCAUGCCCGCCUUCCGGCAGGUCGGGGAGAAGCAGCUGCCCCAGGAGGUCGUCGUCAUGGCUUGGUCCCCCAAGAGGGACCUCAUCGCUCUGGCCAACAGGGCGGGAGAGGUUUUACUUCAUCGACUUGCAAACUUUCAACGAGUUUGGAGUUUGCCUCCAAAUGAAAAUACAGGAAAAGAAGUGACUGCUCUUGCUUGGAGGCCAGAUGGCAAAAUUUUGGCUUUUGGCCUUACUGAUACCAAGCGGAUUAUUCUGUGUGAUGUAGAAAAACCUGAAAGCUUGCACUCCUUCUCAGUGAACUUGUCUAUUACUUAUAUGCAUUGGAUGGAAGUAACUGAAGAGAGCAGCAUUCUCACUUCCUUUUACAAUGCUGAGGAUGAGUCGAAUCUCGUUUUGCCUAAAUUACCAGCUCUACCAAAAAAUUAUAGUACCACUGCAAAAAUUUUCAGUGAGGAAAAGUCAGAUGAGAUUAUGAAGCUUCUGGGUGAUGUAAGGCUUAAUGCUCUCGUCCUUGGUGGCAGCUCAGGGUUUAUUGAAAUUUAUGCUUAUGGGAUGUUCAAGAUUGCUACAGUAACUGGGGUGGCAGGUUCUUGUCGUGGACUCUGUUUAUCUAGUGAUUUGAAAUCGCUAUCGGUUAUUACAGAAAUACAAGGUUCUUCUGACAGCGAAGCAGAGAUAACUUACUUUCAGCUGGACACCAGUCUGUUAUCGAGUUAUUUACCUGAAGUAACUCGAAUGGCCCGGAAGUUUACUCACAUUUCAACACUGUUACAGUAUAUAAAGUUGUCAUUGACAUGCAUGUGUGAAGCGUGGGAAGAAAUAUUGAUGCAGAUGGACUCACGGCUAACAAAAUUUGUGCAGGAAAAGAAUACAACCACUUCUGUUCAGGAUGAGUUUAUGCAGCUGUUGUUAUGGGGCAAAGCAAGUCUGGAACUGCAGGCAUUAUUAAUGAACCAACUGACAGUAAAGGGUUUAAAAAAGCUCGGUCAGUCCAUAGAGUCCUCCUAUUCCAGUAUACAAAAAUUGAUUAUAAGUCAUUUGCAGAGUGGCUCAGAAGCACUGUUAUACUACUUGAGUGAGUUGAAAGGAAUGGCUUUAUGGAAACAAAAAUAUGAGUCUCUGGGAUUAGAUGCAUCUGGAAUUGAAGAGGCUACUACUGCUGUUGGUUCAUUCAUCCUGAAAGCAAAUGAGCUGCUUCAAGUUAUUGACAGUAGUAUGAAAAACUUCAAGGCAUUUUUUCGAUGGCUGUACGUUGCCAUGUUGAGGAUGUCAGAAGAUCACGUGCUUCCAGAGCUGAACAAGAUGACUCAAAAAGAUAUCACAUUUGUUGCGGAUUUUCUUACUGAACACUUCAAUGAGGCACCAGAGCUUUACAAUCGCAAAGGAAAAUACUUCAAUGUAGAGAGAGUUGGCCAGUACUUGAAAGAUGAAGAUGAAGACCUCGUAUCACCACCUAAUACAGAAGGAAACCAGUGGUUUCACUUUCUUAAAAGUAGUACUCAUCUUAAAGAAAGUCCACUUUUGUUUCCCUACUAUCCUGAGAAAUCACUGCAUUUUGUCAAAAGGCAAAUGGAAGAGGUCAUUGAUCAGUGUUUACAAAAGCCAGCUGAUGUGAUCGGAAAGUCAGUGCAUCAAGCAUUCUGCAUGUCUCUUUACAAAACUUCUCAAAGUGAAGAUUCCUCACCUCAAUUAUUUAAACUACCAUUUCUGUGGAAUGACAAAACAUCCAAUAUACAUUAUGUUCUCUUUACUAUAUUAGAAAGUUCUAUUUCUAAAAUACACAUUUUGAGGAGACAUACAGAUACUUCCAGGUCUAUCGGUAAUGGAAUUAUUGCAGUAGAGUUUGGAAACUUCCUGAACAGCAGUAUAAAUGCGAGCUCAGACUCCAGGUGCUACAGUUGUCUAGAUGCACAUUUUUAUGAUGAUGAAACUGUAACAGUAGUUUUGAAAGAGAGUGUGGAACAAGAGGGGAAGGAGAGAAUCUUGGCCCAGUUGCCUUUAUCUUCAGUAUACACAGAUGAGGACCAAGAAGCAGAAUUCAUCUGGGAUUCUACUAAAAGAUUGGAUGAGCAAAGUGAUGAGAUAGCAACACGUACUGUCAUCUUGGAGAAUCAGUGGAGAGUGCUGGAGAACAUGAAAGCUCAGUAUGUUGCUGUAAAUGGAAUUAGAAAAGUUUCCUGCGUGCUAAGUUCAAAUCUCCGUCACGUGAGGGUGUUUGAGAUGGAUGUAGAGGAUGAUGGAGAAGUUGAAGAAGAGGAGGAAGAAGAAACAACUCAGAUUGCAGCUGGGGAAUCUGAAGAGCUGAAUCGCUCUGUGGAUAACCAAGAAAAUGUGUGUGGUGCAUCAGCUGAAGAACUACCUGACGAAACUGAAGAACAUGAAUCAAGCCUGGGUCUUUGACAUAGAUUUUCCCUGGUAAAGGGAAAAGACUGAAAUCUAACUUCUGGUUACUGAGAUGAUGUAUGUCAUACCUACUCUGCAGCGUUAAUAUGUUGUGUGUUAGAAUUCUGUAUUACUUCUUAACAAAGACCGUCUAUGUUCUAGAAUGUACAAGCUUGAUUUUUUUUUUUCUUGGUACGGUGAUUUGGUAGGAACUAAGUUUCUUGGAGAGGUUUUCUAGUUGCACUUUUUUAUAGGUGGAAUAAAAAAAAAUACUAAAAUUUUUAUAGUUAACUCGAUCAGUCCUGAAUACUGUUCUGAAAAUAAAAUGAGCACGUACGUGAAAACAACAAAACCCUAAUUUCUGAAGGCCAAAAUCUUACCUUGUCAGACUUCAUGCUCUACUAAUGGGUACAGAAACUUCUUGUAUAGCUGCGCUUUAAGUGUGUGCAUGGAGAACAACAGGCUUGCAGAUCAGCACAAAACUAGUUGGAUGCCAUAAGUUAGCAACCGUUACUUAAAUGCUUUUAAAAAGCUACUCUGAUAAAAAUCUGUGUCCUCAGUAAUACAGUAUUUGUUUAAUCUGUGCAGUUCUUUAGUUUGGAGUACAGCGUGUGUGUGUGUUUUGUCAGAUGCCUCAGCCUGCCUAGUUUGUGUAAAAUUGUUCCUCUGUUUCUCCUCCAGCUGUUUUUCUUCUUUGUAAUGAGAAGUUAAAACAGAAUAUUUUUUCUUUUCUGAUGUGGCAUUGUGUGUCUUGUACAGGCUUCAGCAGAAAUAUGUUCCUUGCUAAUUUAUAUGUUGCUGUAGGAGUGGUGUGGUGUUAGCACUAAAAGCUAGAGGUGGAGUCUAGAAAUCUAACGUCUUUUCUUGUUGCUUAGUAGCUGGCUUGAGCCUUAACUGUUCCAUCUCUUUUAAUGAACAGUGCUGCUAAAUGCACAAUCUUCCUUUUGGAACAGCGUGUGCAUUUUUUUUUAUUUCUGAAGAGAUCCAGGUCUUAUGCAUGUGCUCCGUUCUAUAUUUCCAAAAUAAAUCAGUCUUCUCAAACUGCUGUUUGCCACUGCAAAAAUCAAACCUGUCCUGGAAAGCUGCUGGCUGUUCAGUGCUCUCAUCUAACAAAUGGCUGAAGGAACAAGGAAGGUGUGGGGCCGGAGGGGCAGGAAUGCCUAUUCAGGUGUGCUGUGCAUUUUCCAUGAAGAUCAGUUAUUCUUGAUGAGAAAUUGCUGCAACUACUGAACAAAUUCAGCUCAAGCUUGGUCUUAAGGUUCUCCUGGAAACCUGCCUUUGAAUUUGCUUUAAGAAUUGUCAUGCUGGACUGCUUGUAAACAAUUAUUUUGCUGUGUUUUCUGGUAGGUAGCUUUAGUCCGCCAGCAUAUGAAAAUGUGAUCUGCCCUGCCCGUAAUUGUUUCUAAAUUUGUGUUAGUAAUAUUUCACAGGGGCGUGCUCUUUAGAAAUCUCCCUGAACUUAUUCUGUAGGCCCUUCUAGUCCAGUCUUGGAUAUACUUGAGAGAAUGCUAAUUUUGUUUCUGGCUUGAAAAAGUACAUACGCGCUUUCUGUAUUCCCCUGCGAUGUGGUACAAAUGUACCAGUUUAAGUCAGUGCUUCUGAAUGUCUUGCUGAUUCCUUCUGUCAAACUUUGUCUUAAUUUUGUUAUCUUUUUUCUAUAAUAGUAAAUGCAUCAGUAAUGUGCUAAUAUAUCUUUCUUUUCAAAGGAAAACACUCGAUCUAGAAGUUUUUGAGGAUUUUCGUGGUGUCUGAACCUGGUUGGACUCACUUGCCACUCUUCUUCAUCCUUUUUUUUUUUUUAAUGCUAACGGAAUGUUCUUUCAUCCUUUUCCUGCUGCAAAUGAGUUCUUGUUCCUUCCUGAUAGUAUUGUAGUAAAUAUAUAUUCUCAGCAAUGUGCCCACAGUCUGCUCUUUAUAAUACUAAUCUUUAGGCUUUUUAAAAUUUAUUGCAGCUUUUCUUCUAUUUUUCUGCCACUCAGCUUGUGUAGUCCCCUUUCCAGGCCUUCUGUCUGUGCCUUUUCUACCUGAUCUCCAUGAUGUGCAACUUUCCACAUGCUGCCGAGUUUCUGCUGCGCUCUCACCAGUUGGUGCUGCUUUGCUUCACAAUCUGAGUAUGCUGUGAUCUGUUUGUGCCACUCUUGCCUCUCACUUCUGUGGAUUUGAUUGCCCAGUUACAUCUGUCUUCAUACAUGACCACUUGAGCUGUUCACGCAUACAGGAAGUAGAGAAAUACUGAACAAAGACCUGAUUUAGUUAACUAAUUCUUUUUUGCAGACCAGAAAAUAGAUGUGUAUUUCUGUAGCAUUGUCUGCAAGUGGUCCUAAUGUUUCUUACUUUGAAAAAACAGUGAAAGGGUUUUGCUUGUUUAAGACAGUAUGUAAGUGCCAACAAAAUGGGAAAGCCAUCUAGGUAAGCACUUAAGUUCUGCAGUAAGUUUCUUUAGUCAGAGUUGGCUCAUGUGUCGUUGCAUUCUGCUGUAACAGCUAAGGAUUCUCUUGCUACCUUAAAUGAGCAGUUGCUUUUGCAGUUGACUGUAAUUUCUUGCUGCCUUAGGGGAAGAGCCAGCUUAACUUGUGCCAUGGCACAAGUCUAAACAGUCUAAGAAUGACAUUUUGGAGAGGGGAAGGAAGACUUCAGCAAUUCCUUCAUAAGAAGAUGUACAUGAAUGAGGAGAGAGGAUGAAUUUUCAUAGUGUGAGCUUCAAGGAAGGAGAUGCAAAGUGACACAAUGAUCUCAAGGAGAAUGCCACCAUGGACAAAGGAGGAAAAAAGCCAAAAAACAAACAAAAAAAACCACCCAGAACAAAACUCCGGAAGAAAUAAAAUGCCACUUGCAGGUGAAUAAAAUGCAUUCAACUGUAUCUUUAGGUUGAGUAAUAGAGCUGUGAGCAAAUCAGUCAGGAAACGAUUGGUGCCAGCAAAGCCCAAGGUUGAAGUUACAAUGGGAUAUAAAUAUGUGGGUGUUCUGGCAUUCUUCCCCCAGGGGGUAUUAUACAGCUACUGCUCCUACCUGGCUGUCUUACAGCUCUGUGCAAAUAAUGUAAUCAUGCCUGCUACUGUGAAUCAGAAGACCUUGGGUGUUUUUUUUUUUUUUUUUUUAAUGCAGUUCCCACAAUUAACUUAGUAGAUAAAGAAUCCUAUCAGUUUUCCUUCUUACAUAUCUCACUAGGAACCCUACCUCCUAGGGUGAGUCUAUCCCUGCAAAAAAGAGGGAAAAAAAAAAACAACACUACUUAGGACCUAGUAUAAGAAGUAAAAGAGCCUAUUUUUUAAGUGUGUAUUAUUAUCACCAUAGACAAGAAAUUCAGACCUGUGCCAGCAGGGCUCUUGUGAGUUGGGUUGGGUGUUGGGGUUCUCUCAGUAUGUCACUGACUCUGUCCUGCCUUGAACAAACCUAUUUGCUUGGCCGAAAAAUCUUUGAUUUUCUGCAACCUGGAGCCUGAGGUACUUACUGCCCACCUGAGAAGGUGAGGUACAAGGCAUUCUCUGAACCGACCAGUAAAUAGGAUUUAGAGGGGAAAAAAAAUGCGCUACAAUGCCAAAAAUAAAAAGAACACAUCGCCUUUCUCACUUCUGUGAUUCGUUUGUGGAUUGAGAGCCACAUCUGUUUUGCCCUAUGUCUGUCUGUCUUAAAUGAGUCUCUAAAAUAGUCUUCAGAAACUGAUUUUGCUCUUUUCUGUUGCCAAGAGAAUUCAUGUAUAAAUUCUGUAGUGAAGAUGAACACUUGCCCUGAGGUGCAGUGAAAAUCAUUCUCUUAAACAACCACUCCCGAUAAGAAUCGGAGGGGCAAAGGUAAGGAAUUUGUUCAUCUGGUCACAUAUUUAUUUUAGACUGUUGAAGUAACCUAUGGUUUCCUGAGAACAGCAAAAGGCUUUCAAACGCUGCAGCCAUCUGAAGAAAAUAAGUUUUACCUUUCCAAUCAUUGAAUUAACCAUAUUCCCUUUGUCAUGCAAUCCCACUGGGCUCGAAGCAAAUGGAUAAUGAUCUGCACUUUGUCUGUUAUACAUGUGUUGUAUUUGUUAUGUCCUCUCUCUUGCAGCUUAUCAGUUUACACCGGGUUCGGUGCUUCAACUGUUUAGACAACUGUUCGGAAGAUGGAAAUGCAGGAGGAGGUGGAAGAGUGGCACUGUGAUUUCCAGACAGUGUGUUUUAUUUUGAUGUUAUUUUGAUCAGUUGCAUGAAAAAAACCAACAGACCGUUUGCACUAACGUCUGCUUUCUUUGUAUUAAAAAAAUGUUGGGCUGAGAAGAUUAACUAAUGAGUAAGGAAGAGGAGAAUUCUGCAUUGUUUGGGUUUUUUUAAUGCUUUUGUUGUUGUGCCUAGAAAUAAAUUUAUUCUGAAUUGGUUUA